AUGGGAUACGCACUGUCCUCCAGUGCUCUCCCAUGCUUGGCGUGGCUAGUCGCCGUGCUUGUGUUAAUUCUGUGCGAAGCAGGGGCAGUACACAGUAUUCGUGUGAAGUUGUUGCAUGACGCCGGAACACGUGGCGCUUUCGUCUUUCCUGCUCCGAGCGCAGCCGACCGCGGGCGGGAGCGGAGCCUCAGCGCGGGUGACGGAGUCCGUGAAUCGGCAAAAAAUGCGGAAGUGCGCAGUAUCUUGGGGCUUCAGCGGCGUAUACCUACGGGCAAGCGAGUCUCGGAGGAGGCCCCGUUCAGCUUCUGUUCAAGGCUCGUCGGUCGGACGUGGGGCAUGGGAGGCGUUCGACGAGCAGCAUCAGAGAGAGAGCCUUUGGAACCGACUCACCACAUUGGCCUCGGAGAUCGAAUCGCGCGCGGGCUGCGAAACGCUGUUUCAUGGAUUCCAGGGUUCCAGCGUGGCAGGUCGAGCUCAGCAACAGGACUGCGUUUUGUGGAAGUAGAGCCUGGAGAUCUCAUAGUUGCCCGCGUGGUCUCGCUAGUAGCAGACCGCAUCAAGGCGGCUACUAGCUCCAGAAUCGUACCAGAUGACGAAAUCGUGUCAAGGACGUACUGGCCGGCGAGCGUUCCUGUGGUGGUGAAGUCCCUGUCAACGGGGGUCACUAGAACGUUGGUGCGGGGGCCCGUCAUCGGCCGAGGCGGCAGGGGGACAGUGUGUCUCGCACGAGACCAGAGUACUGACGAGGAGGUUGCUCUUAAGCUUUUCAUAAAGUUCGAAAAGCCUACGGUGAAGAGAGUGAGAGAACUGCGCAACGAGGCAUUCUUUUACCAGCGACUACCGGGAGUUGCGUCUGCGGCCGAUGCCCAGGCGUUAUUCCGGCUGAUGGUUCCAACAGACGCUGUGCAGGUAGUGAAUGCUCCACCAUCCUUGCGCUACGCCCCCGCCGAGAUCUGGGUGCCAAACAUGUUUCCGAUCAUGCCGAAAGCGCAGAUGGAUGUCGCACGGUUUGUUAACGUACUGACAGAGUUUGAUGAUGUCAGCCAGAACGAGCUGGGAGUGCUGGCGCGACUGCAGCUGACACUUUCAGUCAUACGUCUCGUGGCCAUUCUGCACACGCAGGGAGUUGUGCAUGCUGACAUCAAGCCCGAAAACUUCUUCGUUAUGGGCGACGGUCGCGUGUUUUUGCGGGACUUUGGCGCCUCCGGCAGCGAUAUGACAACCGCCCCAUUUGGCGGCACACUGGCCUACACGCCGCCGGAGCUGUCAGCGCCAACGAGGUAUGUCCAAUACAAAUACUCAACUGACUCAUGGGGCGUCGGUCUCGUACUAUGCUUCAUUUGGUGUGACCGUGUGCCUGUGACAUCUCGCGUCCACGAGUUCUUGGUCUUUGAUAGCUGUCCUCGCGACGUCCCGGACGAUGUCAAAACUCUGGUCCGGAUGUUUCUAGAGACGUCGCCUCGACGUCGACUAUCCCCUCUUCGCGCCAUCAGACGCGCGGAGUUCAACCGUGUCAAAGAGCGGGUAGACCGCGGGGGAGUAAAGACAAAGAACAUGUCACAGACACGCAGCAGCCAAGCACCCACACGCACUCGGAGGCGGACCCUGCUUCGUCGUCGCGAGACUCCACGCGCGGAGGGCGGGCUGUCUCCGUAA